CCCUUUGGCACUUGGCAGCACGCGGCGGCGGGCUCCUCGGCUCAACUUGGUGGAGUCUCCGCGACGCAACUUUGGGGGACGCUUUGCAUUUAAGAGAGAACGGCCGAGGAGGAGGAGCGCUCUGCCCGGCCGCCGCUACCUGCAGGAGCUCACCAGCAAACACCACUGGAGACGAAGGACCCAAAGAACUUAAAGGGCCAACUGCCGCCGCGGGAAGGGGGCACCGCAGAGAAGUUAGAGUGUCCCAGAGACAACCUGCCCGAGCGCUCGGACGGAGACACCAGGGCGGCCCGGGGCGCGGCGUGGCCCUGGGCUGGUCCUCCAGCCCCCUCCUCCGGGCCGGGAGCGACGCCGGGACGCGACGUGGGGCGCGGCGAGUCCCGGCCGGCCGAGCGGGUCCCCGCGGGCAGCCAACAUUGAUUUCCUCCGGGCCGAGGGCGAGGGCCCGGGCGGCGGCGGGCUGCAGCCGCGGCAGGGCGAGAGCAUGUCCAAGCCAGUGGACCACGUCAAGCGGCCCAUGAACGCCUUCAUGGUGUGGUCGCGGGCUCAGCGGCGCAAGAUGGCCCAGGAGAACCCCAAGAUGCACAACUCGGAGAUCAGCAAGCGCUUGGGCGCUGAGUGGAAACUGCUCACGGAGUCGGAGAAGCGGCCGUUCAUCGACGAGGCCAAGCGUCUGCGCGCCAUGCACAUGAAGGAGCACCCCGACUACAAGUACCGGCCGCGGCGCAAGCCCAAGACGCUGCUCAAGAAGGACAAGUUCGCCUUCCCGGUGCCCUACGGCCUGGGCGGCGUGGCAGACGCCGAGCACCCUGCGCUCAAGGCGGGCGCCGGGCUGCACGCGGGGGCGGCCGGCGGCCUGGUGCCGGAGUCGCUGCUCGCCAAUCCCGAGAAGGCGGCCGCAGCUGCGGCUGCCGCCGCCGCGCGCGUCUUCUUCCCGCAGUCGGCCGCCGCCGCCGCCGCCGCUGCCGCCGCCGCCGCUGCGGGCAGCCCCUACUCGCUGCUGGACUUGGGCUCCAAGAUGGCAGAGAUCUCGUCGUCCUCGUCCGGUCUCCCGUACGCGUCGUCGCUGGGCUACCCGACCGCGGGCGCGGGUGCCUUCCACGGCGCGGCGGCGGCGGCUGCAGCGGCGGCCGCGGCCGCCGGGGGGCACACGCACUCGCACCCCAGCCCGGGCAACCCGGGCUACAUGAUCCCGUGCAACUGCAGCGCGUGGCCCAGCCCCGGGCUGCAGCCGCCGCUCGCCUACAUCCUGCUGCCCGGCAUGGGCAAGCCCCAGCUGGACCCCUACCCCGCGGCCUACGCUGCCGCGCUAUGA